UUUGCCACGGGAUUUUCGCCGGAAGUGCAAUAUUGUAUGUGGAAAAUGUGGCGCGAGAGAGCCGAUCGAUGUUACGUAUAUACAAACUUGCACGAAUAAACGCAUCAAAAAGAGUAUUACUACAGCCAUUUUUAACGAAUUAAGGAAUAAUACAAUUUAAGAAGCCACCCGCUUGCAAACUACUCUUCUAUAGGAAAAUAUGCCCCGUAGACGACAGAGGCCUGUGGCCGGGAGUGGCUCUGAUGGCACGGAAGACUCUGACUCCUCCGCAGACCGCGAGCAGACCAACAGUUCAGAGAGCGACGGCACCGCAGCCAAGAGACAGCGCCUCACCAGAGCAUCCAUGCGCCUUAGCCAAAGCUCCCAGGACACCCCUGAUCUCAAACCAGCUGGCGACCAUGAUGAAUCCCCUCCCUUGACGCCGACGGGUAACGCCCCUUCGUCCGAGUCGGAGCUGGACAUCUCCAGCCCCAACGCCUCGCACGACGAGAGCCAGGCCAAAGACCCGGCUGGCCGAGAGUCUGACAAGGACCUCUCGCAUAGACCCAAACGCCGCCGCUGCCACGAGACCUACAACUUUAACAUGAAGUGCCCCACACCGGGAUGUAAUUCUCUCGGUCACCUUACAGGAAAACACGAACGCCAUUUUGCAGUAUCCGGAUGUCCUCUUUACCAUAAUCUGUCUGCAGAUGAGUGCAAGGUCAAAGCCAUCAGUCGAGAGAAACAGGAGGAGGAGAUGAAGGGACAGGACGAGGGUAAUUCGCGCCAUGCCACUCGCCACCAGACCCCCACAUCUAAACAGAGCCGAUACAAAGAGCAGGUGGCAGAGAUGAGGAAGGGGAGGAACGCUGGUCUGCAGAAGGAGCAGAAGGACAAGCAUGUGGAACACCGACAGACCCACGGCAACACCAGGGAACCUCUGCUGGAGAACAUCACCAGCGAGUACGACCUGGAGCUCUUCAGGAAGGCCCAGGCCAGGGCGUCGGAGGACCUGGAGAAGCUCCGCAUCCAGGGUCAGAUCACGGAGGGCAGCAACAUGAUCAAGACCAUCCUGUUCGGGCGCUACGAGCUGGACACCUGGUACCACUCGCCCUACCCCGAGGAGUACGCCCGGCUCGGACGCCUGUACGUCUGCGAGUUCUGCCUCAAGUACAUGAAGAGCCAGACCAUCCUCAGACGACACAUGGCCAAGUGUGUGUGGAAGCAUCCCCCCGGGGACGAGGUCUACAGAAAAGGCGCCAUAUCCGUGUUUGAGGUUGACGGCAAAAAGAACAAGAUCUACUGCCAGAACCUCUGUCUCCUGGCCAAGCUGUUCCUGGACCACAAGACGCUGUACUACGACGUGGAGCCCUUCCUCUUCUACGUCAUGACCGAGGCAGACAACACCGGCUGCCACCUGGUCGGCUACUUCUCCAAGGAGAAAAACUCCUUCCUGAACUACAACGUGUCCUGCAUCCUGACCAUGCCGCAGUACAUGAGGCAGGGCUUCGGCAAGAUGCUCAUCGACUUCAGCUACCUGCUGUCCAAGGUGGAGGAGAAGGUGGGGUCCCCGGAGAGGCCGCUGUCGGACCUGGGCCUCAUCAGCUAUCGUAGUUACUGGAAGGAGGUCUUGCUCAGAUACAUGUGCAACUUCCAGGGCAAGGAGAUCUCGAUCAAGGAGAUCAGCCAGGAAACAGCUGUGAACCCAGUGGAUAUCGUCAGUACCCUGCAGUCCCUCCAGAUGCUCAAGUACUGGAAAGGAAAGCACCUGGUGUUAAAGAGACAGGACCUGAUAGACGAAUGGAAAGCCAAGGAGACGAAGCGAGGCAAUAGCAACAAAACCAUCGACCCCGGCUCGUUAAAAUGGACGCCGCCCAAAGGGACAUGAUUGGUAGCAUCCUUCCCCACGGCUCCCUCUCUCUCGCCAGGCUAUCGAAUAAACUGAACCUGCACCAGCCACAGAGUAGCCUUCCACCACAAGCUAUCAAUGAAGAUCAGUGGGUCUGUUUUGUUUCUCUUUGUGAUUUUUAAAACCCCAGUUAUUUUCAACUGUUGCUUUCUCAUAAGUGUAAUGGAUUUUUAUCCUCCCUAAUUUUCAGCAGCUAUUUAUGUUUUAAGGGCCACGUUGCUUUGCCUUAUUUUGGAUUAAUGACGACAAACGUAUUGUUAAACACUACGUUUUCGGAAGAUAAAAAAAUUAUGUUGUCUCUGGAAAUGCAGUAAUUUUGGCGAAAAACAUGAAUGUCUUUUGUAUUUUGUAUUGGAGUUUGAAUAGUCCUGUAUGCUGGAUGUCACGAAUUGAAAACAAGAAAUACAGUCAUUAGUUUGUCAGCAUUCAGUUGCUUUUACAUUUUUAUUUCUUUUGAGAGGAGGGGAGGAUAAUUACUUUCCUUUGCAUUGGUCAACAACACUGCUGUUGGUAUGAACUUUAAAAGUGUAACACAGUGUGUUUUGGCAAGGAUAUGAAGUUUUUUGUAUUUUGUCCUUUCAGUUGGUAUACAAUUGUACAGUUCAUGUCGUGUAAGUUCAUUUUUCUAGCCGUAGUGAUAGUGGGGUCUGACCCGGUCCUCUCUUGCCAAUCUGCCAAAUAAAAGCAACAGAAUAAUUUUAGUAAUUACGUACAUAAAUAUGAAAUAGUUUUGUUUUUUUAAAUGACUUUUUGGAAAGUCAAUCUGACCACUGAAGGCCAGGGUCACAAACGGAAAAGAACCCACAGUCUCAGGUGUUGGGGCUGGCAGGACACCCACCGGCUCAUGGGACUCCUUGGACACAGCCGAUGGCCCGCGAUGCCCCCGGGAGGAUUUGAGUCAAGGAUUCUGCAACAAGCCAAAAAAAACUCCUUUGAACAGACCAACCACGAUUCUUCAGGAAAAAUUAAUCGUUUUUUAAGCUUGGUUGUAGCAUAGAACAUCAUGCAUCUAUCAAUAAAGUUGCCUUGAGAAUCGAAGCGUUGUGUGUCUUACCUCCGCUGGUGAUGCUUCUCCCCAUCAGGCCCACAAACAUCUCUCCUUUGUUGCCUGGAAGGCCCGGAAAACAAUGCGGUUUCAUUGGUUUUAUCAUUUUACCAGUCAUUUUAUGAAGACUGAAACAUUUUCUGAAUUUCUUUGACAUUUAUUAUUGUUAUUAAAUGAUACAAAUUAAAGUAUUACAUUUCUA